AUGAAUUCACCUACAAUCAAAGAAGAAAAAGUCAAACAAGCAAGAUUCAGUUUUCAAUAUUUUGAUGAAGCAUGUGAUGUAGGUGUGGAAAACGAACAUGGAGAGCGCGUGCGAAAACGAAAACGACCAGGGCGAAAACCAAAUCCACCCUCGCAACAGGAACGGCGGGAACAGAAUCGUUUAGCUCAGCGAAACUUUCGUGAACGAGAACAACAACGACGUCAAGCAAGAGAUAGACAAUGGAAAGAAUAUAUGGAAGAAUUGGAUUCCUUACGACAACGAGUGGCCGUUGCAGAAUACGAAAGCAACUAUCUCCGGGGUUUGAUCUUACAACUUUUAUUGGCCAGUAUUGCUCAACGUGGUACUGUACCUCAAGUCUGGAUUGAUACAAGACGAUAUCCUAUCCCACAUCCUACAAUGGUCCCUACACCUCCCUCUAUAGAUGAGAACGAAACUUCAAAAGUACCUGCCAUCUUACAACUUGUAUUGGACGAUCAAACUCAUUCUAUUGUACAUAUCAAGAAAGCUCUGGAAAUCGCUGAUGGUCAUCCAUCUUCUUGUCCUCUUGUUCGACGUGCUCAUCAUGCUCGCCUUCGACAACAGCAACAACUUCGACAACAACAACCCACUAAUAUCGACAUACCUUCUAUUCCUAUGCCUCCUCCAACGACCCCUUGUCAAUUCAAAUCCAUUCAAGAAUUGUUAUCUUCUGAAAUUGUCUCUUUAAAUACUGAUAGUCAAGAUAUCAGGCGGACAUUCCCUACAUCUCCUCCACUUUCUGUCUUCUCCCCUACUUCUCUUACCGAUUCAGAAAUCGACAGAUGCAAUCCAUCUGAUCAGAAAACUAGUCAUCAACAACCUCAAUCUAUCUCACCCAUCACUACUAAAACAACAACACUAUCUGCAGUCAAAAGAGUACAAUCAGUCAAAGGCAUCAUAUCUGAAUCACCAACAUUGAAACGACCUGAAGAUCUAUCUCAUAUGCCUCCUUUACAAGCUCUUCAUAUAUUACGUCUACAACUGAAAAUUGCAAGUGUGAUUGGAGAAAAAAUUCCUUUUACGUUGACUCCAACUGCAUUACAACGGGUAGUGCCACAUGAUAUUCGUAUUGAUUAUGUACCAUCUGGAGCUAUACGGGAUCGAAUGAUUAUAUUCCAAGAUUACUUUGACAUGGACGAAUGUUUUCAACUUUUAUGCAGCCACUCGGUCUUUGUAGGUGGGGAUGUCAGAGACAGUCGGAAUUGGGUAUUGGAUCCAAUUAUCACGGAAAAGUAUUGGUUUUUCUCUCAUCAUCUAUUUGAUCAUCAUUUCGAUGAUUGUCAUAUGCCUGAAGAAAUGGCUGAUCUUUUGAAGGAAUGGUCAUCACAGCCGGAAAAUCAACAACAACAACAACAUCAUCAAUCACAACAAGAUCAUAUUACUAUAUCCAAAGAACAUCAUUCUUCAUAUUCGUCAUCGCAGCCUAACAAGGAAAAUCAACACACCGACACAGAUAACUCUACUGAUUGCUCAUCUUCUUCAGCCUUCCAAUCUUUACCCACUCCUUGUUGACCUUUUUUUUUUCUACUGAUGUUUAUGAUUCAUUUGGGCUCUUUUAUGUAGUUGGUUUUAGUUGAUAUAUAGUUUUACUUGAACAUCAUUCCAUUUAUUAUUUUAUAUAUAUAUUUUACAUAUGUUUUUGAAUAAAUUAAUACCCUC